UACUACUUUUUCAUGUCAAAGGUACUACUCCAUCGUUUUCCCACGUGCGAGGAUAAUGUGGUACCCAUCGAACACGAAUGUUUUUAGUUUGCACCCGAUCUCAGCCAUUAUAAUAUAAAACCUUAAGUUAUCUUAAAACAUUGUAAUAACUCUGGUGUUCUCACAAAAAAAAACUAUAGUGUCUCAAAAAAUGUGCGAUAUAAGUAACUCUCGAAAAACACUAGUAUGGUGGGUGAUUCUAAUAUUGACUUUAUCAAAUAAAGUGUCAAAGGCCCAAUUAGACUUACCGCCAUACGAACCAAACUCCGGUACUUACCCUCAAAAUCCCAGUUUUAUCCCUAAUCCGAACUACUCUCCUUAUAAUAAUCAAGAAGGAGUUACCCCUCAAAGCCCCCGUCCUGAUCCCGAGGGAAGUUAUAAAAAAGACUACGGGGUGAGUAAAGCGUACCGGGGUGAUAUCAGAAGUUUGCUGCAAGCUUUGGAAGUUCAAGCCUCACAACAGUGUACUAAUAACGUUGCUGCUCAAUGGAAUUUUGAGACUAACGUCAACCAGGUGACGCAGUUAGAAGCGCUACAGGCCCAACAAAUUUAUUCCGAAUUUGAACAUGGAGUAUGGGAUUUACUCAACCACGCCCCCGUUCACAAUAUCCAGGAUGAACGUACAUAUAGACAGAUCCGAUUUUACUCUGUAGUAGGUCCAUCUGCACUAUCACCAGAUCAACUUGAUAGAUAUAACAGACUGAUCAACGAUAUGCUGGCCAUCUACAAUACUGCCUCAGUAUGUAGUUUCAACGAUCACUUCCAUUGCGGACUAAGACUUGAACCUAACCUCAACAAGAUUAUGGCAAAAAGCAGAAACUGGGAUGAGCUCCAGCACGUAUGGACCGAGUGGAGAAGGCAAACUGGUCAGAAGAUGAAGGAUUUAUACGAGCAGAUGGUUAAGUUGUCAAACGUGGCAGCCAAAUUAAACAAUUUUACCAACACAGCCGAGUACUGGUCAUUUCCAUUUGAAUCUCCAGCGCUUGAAAUUGACCUGGAGGAUGCCUGGAAUGAAGUUAAACCACUCUAUGAACUUUUACAUGCAUAUGUUCGCAGGAGGUUAAGGGAGUAUUAUGGACCUGAGAGAAUUAGUCGGCAAGCACCAUUGCCUAGUCAUAUAUUAGGUAAUAUGUGGGCUCAAAGCUGGACCAACAUCUUUGAUAUAACUGAGCCUUAUCCUGGUCAACACUUUCUGGAUGUCACUCCUGAAAUGGUUAAACAGGGAUAUACUCCAAUUGACCUCUUCAGACUGGGCGAGGACUUCUUUGUUUCCAUGAACUUUAGUGCUAUGCCCUUGGACUUCUGGCAAGGGUCGGUAUUUGAAGAACCAUUAGACCGAGUGGUACUUUGCACCCCAUCUGCUUGGGACUUUUGUAACAGGCGUGACUUCAGAAUUAAAAUGUGCGCUAAUGUUAACAUGCGGGACCUAAUUACUGCACAUCAUGAAAUGGCUCAUAUCCAUUACUUUAUGGCAUACAAAAAUCAACCUAAAGUGUUCAGAGAUGGAACUAACCCAGCUUUUCACGAAGCAGUGGGUGAAGCUAUUGGUCUCUCAGUGGGUACCCCAAAGCACCUUCAAGCUUUAGGGCUUGUACCAGUAUCUGUUGAUGAUACUGCUUAUGACAUCAAUUAUCUUUAUCAAAUGGCGUUGGAUAAAAUUGCCUUCUUACCAUUCGCAUUUGCAGUUGAUAAAUGGAGAUACGAUGUUUUUAAAGGAAAAGUCGGCAAGGAGGAGUACAACUGCCAUUGGCAUCUAUUAAGGGAGCAGUACCAAGGUAUUAAGCCUCCAGUACUUCGUUCCGAGAUGAACUUUGAUCCUGGUUCCAAGUACCAUAUUCCUGCAAAUAUUCCUUACAUGAGAUACUUCGUCAGCACUCUUCUACAGUUUCAAAUCUACAGAUCGUUAUGCCAGGCAGCCGGCCAAUACAUACCUGGCGACCAUACAAAGCCCUUACAUAAAUGCGACAUAUAUAGAAGCAAGGAGGCUGGAAAUAUACUGAAGCAACUUAUGGAAAAAGGUUCUUCACAAUCCUGGAGAGAUGUACUCUUCCAAGCUACGGGAGAAAGUCGUCUCGAUGGAAGUGCAAUCAGAGAAUACUUCGCACCCCUAGAAGACUGGUUAAGGAAUGAAAAUCUUAGAACCGGAGAAUUCGUGGGUUGGCUAUAUGACGGAGACUAUUGCAAACAAAGUAUAGAAACUGCCGGAUUGCAAGUGUUCGGUGGAUUUUAUAAUAGCGCUUUAUGUGUGGAUGGUAGCUUGGUUUUGUUGGUCAUAAAUGUGAUUUUAGCUUUAAAAUUUAGGUGAAAUAUUGUGGUGAAAGUUGCUGUGAAGAUUAGUUAUGUAGAUAUAUGUUCUUUACAACUAAGUAGCACUAAUAUCAGGCUUAAUUGUUUCUAGUUGGCUAAAUUUGUUUGAUUUUUAAUAUAAAUUCAGCCAAUUAGAUAUGUUUAACUUUUGUGUAUUAAUUAUCAUUAAUUUAAUUUGAUAAUAAUGUUAUUAGUAUUUUUAAUUCUAUUAAUAUUUUGUAAAUAAUCUCGUCCUAUAUUUUUGUUAAGUUUUAUUUAAAAUUUGUAUUGUAGAUUUUAAUAAAUUUAUAUGAGUUUA